AUCGCCGCAAGCCUCACCACCUUCCUUAUGCGCAUCCUAGCAACGAUCCCAUUACCCCACUCAGCCGGUAACCCAUCAACCAAGACGAUGCCGAAUAAACAAGUGACGAAAAGCCUCCUUGGCAGUCUUGGCUACGCAUUCUUCCCCGCCCAUCUCACUUCGCUAAAGGUAAUUCGACGUCAUGAAUGGGCUGCCUCAAUCCCGCGCUGCUGCAACAAUACACGCGCUAUAGCUCAACCAGGAAGCUCAAUACCUGAUAUGUAAGCUCAUGCAAGCUGGUACCCAGUUGAUAUGCAGCUGGAAUCAAGUACGCAGAGUGGUGCGACCUAGUAUAAAGUUGGGCUACGUACCCUCCAAAAACUAUACGUACCAGGAAGUGGGGAGGAAAACCUCUCUGCACUUUGACUAUAAUCAUAAUGGGCGCAUUUGGACUCCCGUUGCUCGGCGCAAUCGGCCUUUUGAGCGGGGUUGUCAACGCCCAAUUCCCUCCAAAGCCAGAAGGAUUGACCAUUCUGGAAUCGCAGCUUGAUGAAGGAGUCAGAAUCUCGUACAAGGAGACCGAACUUUGCGAAACCACUGACGGCGUCCGAAGCUUCUCCGGUUAUGUCCAUCUCCCGGCUGGAGCACUGGCCGAUCUAGGUGUUGAGAACCAGACAUAUGAGAUCAAUACCUAUUUUUGGUUUUUCGAAUCCAGGAAAGACCCUGCCAAUGCGCCUCUUUCCAUUUGGAUGAACGGUGGACCGGGCUCCAGUUCUUUCGUCGGACUGUUGCGUGAAAACGGACCUUGCUUUAUUGGCGCCGACUCUAAUAGUACUUACCUCAACGAGUGGUCUUGGAAUAAUGAGGUUAACAUGCUUUACCUCGAUCAACCCGUCCAAGUAGGCAUGAGCUACGACAGUUUGGUGAAUAUCACCACUAAUCUAGACACCGGCGAUCUCGAAGUGGUAGAUUUUGAGAACGGUCCUAUCCCCUCACAAAACAACAGCUUCUACGUUGGCACCUAUCCCAGUGAGAACUACAAUCUCACCACCCGUGGCACGGAGAACUCUGCACGAGCUCUCUGGAACUUCGCCCAAGUCUGGUUUCAAGAAUUUCCUGAACACAAGCCGAAUGAUGACAGAAUCUCGAUCGCAACUGAGUCGUACGGAGGUCGAUACGGACCUGCUUUUGCGGCCUAUUUCCAGGAGCAGAACGAGAAAAUAGAGAAUGGAACGUGGAGCGAAGCUGGUCAGACUCAUCUUCUCCAUCUCGAUACUCUACUUAUCAUCAACGGCUGCAUUGAUCGCUACGUGCAGUGGCCAGCUUACCCGACCAUGCAGUACAACAACACAUACGGUAUAAAGGCCGUCAAUGAGUCGCGUUACGAAGAAGUGCUUGACAAUCUGUACCGUGAAGGAGGAUGUCUUGACCAAAUUGAAGAGUGUCGCAACCUUAGUGUUGCCUACGACCCCACCAACCAAGGGUUCAACGAGACCGUCAACGAAGUAUGCGAGGCUGCAGAGACAUUCUGUUCCGAGACGAUUCGCGAUCCGUACUUCGACACCGACCUCAAUUACUACGACAUCUCUGCUCCUGGCGCGGCAACAUUCCCACCUCCAUGGUAUCAGGGCUGGCUCAAUCAGCCUCAUGUGCAGCAGGGGCUAGGCGUGCCCUUGAACUGGACUCAGUCAAACUCUGCGGUAUCGCGGGCAUUCCGCGGCAUUGGCGACUACCCACGUCCAGGCUGGAAGGAAGACUUGGCAUACCUUCUCGAAGAAGGCAUCAAGGUAACGCUGGUGUACGGCGACCGAGACUACGCCUGCAACUGGUAUGGCGGUGAACUGCUCUCCCUCGCCAUCCCUUACGACAACGCCACCUCGUUUGCGGAUGCAGGGUAUGCGCCUGUCAUUGUCAACGACACCUAUAUUGGAGGUCAAGUGCGUCAGUACGGAAAUCUGUCCUUCACACGCGUGUACGAAGCUGGCCACGAGGUACCAGCCUACCAACCCGAGACUGCGUACAGGAUCUUUACACGUGCACUCUUCAACCGCGACAUCAGCACCGGAAAUGUUUCCACAACCGAAAAUCCUGACUACGCAACCGAAGGGCCAAGCGACGUGUACAACAUAACCAAUGAACCAAUCGUCGACGAAGGCACGCAGUGUUACGUUCUUGAUCCCGGACAAUGCACAGCGGAGCAGUGGGAGUCAGUCAUGAACGGAACGGCUUUGGUGCGGAACUGGAUUGUUGUAGACGCCAACACCAGCUACCUGUUCCCAGACCUAGUAGGCAACGGAACCUCCGGUAAUGGGACUGCACCCUCGGCAACUGGCUUCCCUAUGCCUACUUAUACCGCAGCUGCGUCUGGAGGUCUUUCCACGAGUUUUUUGGGUAGUACGAUCAUUGCCGCAGCUGUAGGAGGCUUGAUAAUGCUAUAGAAAACGCGAAAGGGGACUCAUACCCUGCGUGCGCGAGUAAGAUUGAUGUCGAAGGCUUGCAAUGUGUAUUCGGCGAACGGAUGCCUAAGCAGUGAACAGAAUCCUCAUCUUGUCGCUUCACAAAUAGGUUCCGCAGCUAUAAGUUCUUUCGCAAUUGUCCUAGACGUUGAUGAAACAACGACUUGAACCGAGC